UGCGCUUCAGUCUGGAGCUUCUUUUCUCCGGGUUUUUGAGUAGGGCAGAUAAGCUUUUUGGAGUGCAAGGAGUUCGCGGUUAUCUCACAAUGUCGGGUGAGUCGGACCAGCCUCAGCCAGGACCCUCACACGCUGGUCUCUACUUGGAGCACCGCGAAAGAGAUCAGGCUGUGGUCCCAGGAGGAGUGAUCCGAAGAGCUGGUAGCCAAAGGCACAGGUCCUGGAUCCAAACUGUUAUUGAGCAAAUAACUGGCUCCCCUAGACAGUGUGUCACCCUCUCGGAAGUGGUACCUGUCUCUGUGCUGGCCGUCCAAAGAUACCUUUUAGAGGAUGAGCCACGGGAUACAGUGCCCAAGCCUCCCCUUUACUGCUAUGAUGUGACAAUCUCAGACGGGGUGUACCAGGAGAAGUGCUACUUAGACCCCAGCUUAAACUUUCUCGUUUAUCAGAAUAUUCUUAAAGUUGGCAUAGAAAUGAGAAUUUCCAGAGUCUCGUGCCUUUACAAUGAGAAAAGAUUGGGCCAGGGGAUCCUGUGCAUAGAUAAGGUCCACUGUGGGGAGCCCCUAGAUGUCAUUUCUGUAGAAACUCCAUUUAGAAACAGAGCCCAUGAAGAAAAGCCAGAGCGGCCUCUAAGAGGGAGCAAGAGUCAUUACCUGGCUCUAUGGAAUAACGAAGAUCCAUACGGAGAUAUAUGGAAGACCAACAAGCAACCUGAGGAGUUCAAUUUUAACAACACCAAAAUAAUCUCUCUCUCUCAUCUUGAAAUGACCUGGCAUAACAGAAAAAAAUUUCCUGCCUUGCUCGUAAAGAUCCUGCAUAAGUCAAAACUGCGAUACUAUGGAAAACCUAAUAAAAAGACGAUUGAGCCAUAUCAGACCUAUUUGGAGGUUGCUGACAGUUCAGGCAUGGUGUCAGUGAUUAUGUGGAAUGCUUUGUGUCCAGAGUGGUAUAAAAGUUUGAGAGUGGGCUUGAUUCUUCUGCUUCAAGAUUAUUCUGUGAAGAAGAGCUAUCCAUUAAGAAUCCAGCCUAACCCUGUGGAUCCACAGAUGAAACUAAUUUCUACAAUGGAAAUCUGCCUGAAUCUUCGAGAUCCUCCAACUAACAUAGUUAUCAUUCCAGAAAAGCAGUUGAAAUCAGAAUGGAAAUUGCCAAAACUAAUUAACCGAUUUAUUACAAGGUCAGAACUAGACGAUAUGCCAGAAAAUAGCAUCUGUGAUGUAAUUGGUAUGUUAUCCUUUGUGGGGAGGGUGCAACGAUCAAAAAAGAAAGAGAACAGUGAAGACUUUUGGUCCUACCGCUGGAUUCACAUCACUGACGGGACUUCAGAGCAACCAUUCAUAGUGCAGCUGUUUUCCACAUCGCAGCCAGAAGUCUUUGAAAAUAUUUACCCAAGUACUCCAUACUUUCUCUUUUUAUUUUUUUGA